GCGCGUUCUUUCGCGCUUGUAAUUUCUCGUUACUUUCACCGGGAUCCAGCUCAAGAUCCCAUUAUUUCACAUUUCGAGCGCGAGACGAGAUCGUAACCGAUGGAGGAUGACGUUCGAUGGAACGCAAGAUCCGUUGUCUCGCAUCGUCGAGGAAUGGCGCGAGGAGGACGAGCAGCGCGUCGGUUUUCCACGCUAAUCGGUCGAAGGGCGGCGACCUAGAAAUCGUUAUAGAUAGAACGCUUUAGAGCUUUAAGAGAAACUUUGAUCGGCUCUUUCGAACGAGUACCGACCGUUUCAAGGAACCCCCGAUCUCGCUCGCGAUUUCGGUCGCGAAAUGGACCCGCUUUCGUCAACCUCCUCGUCAACCUCCUCGUCAAAAUCCUCGUCAGCGUCCUUGUCAUCGUCAUCGUGGUUAACGUGGUCGCCGUUACCCUCAUCGACCACACUGCCGCCGUGAUUCGAACUUGACCAAGAGAUAUCAAGUCUUCGGACGGAAGGACGACCAAUUUUUCAACGAAGCGCCGCACCGCUGGCCGAUUAUCGUUGCGCAUCAUGUUCGGAACGAAAUUGCGUACGUGGAUGGAAGCACAUAUCGUGCGAUCGAAGAAGAAAAAGGAUCGAAAGAAAGGAGAGAAGGGGUUUGACUCUAAUUGCAAUUCCCCCCGAAAUCACGGCUCGCAUAGGUCUCCCGCCUUGCAUCAAGUGCACCCGGUAGACUCGCCGUCGAAAAACGUGGACGGAAUUGGGUUGCACGGCGAGGAGGAGGGUACACGAUGCGGUACCGUAACCGCGUCCUCGGGUACGUGCGCGGGCACCGGUAGCGUGAAUCUCUCCUCUCCGGAAAGCGCUUAUAGCACCGGAUACUCGACGGACGGCACCUCGCCUGGAACCAGCUAUCCACCGGAAUAUUACAUCAACAUCAGGACAGGUACUCAUUAUUUCCAAAGCAACGCCAACUCUGGCACAGGCGCAACCGCUGGCAGCAACUGUAGUAACAACGGUAACAACAACGGCAAUAGCUGCAGCUGCAGCAGCAGCAGUAACAACAACAAUAACGACAAUAACGAUCACAAUCGCAACGAUAACGCGAGGUCGAAGAAACCGAUCGUCUCGUCGGAUCUGCCGGUUGCCGCUUUACUCUCCGCGCGUAGACAUGGAAGGUUCGAGGGCAAGGCGGAAACUUCCGCUUCCACCUCUGCUACGGUGUUCUCUUCGAGGAACAUGACCAUGGGCCACGAGCUAUCGCCGAGAGACGUUCGAACCAACAACGCUCCGAGCAAGAUCAUAGAGGAUCAUCGUUCGACGGACGAGGACAGGUCUGGCCAACGAAGAGCAGUGCCACAAGAUAGGUAUUAUCGACGAACCGAGUCGUUCUCCGCCGAAUCCUCGCGAAGCAACUUGAUCGUGCCACCUUCUUCCAUACCACCGCCCUUACUCUCGCCGACCAUCCAGUCGCCCAGGGAACGUUCGCGGAUUCGUACGAAUCCGUGGUUGUCGGCCAACUCUUCCGGCUCAAGCACAACCGGUUUCAAAUCGAGAUUGAACCUCGAUGACACCAGCAGCGGCUCGGGCCUGAAACUCACGGAAUCAUCCGGAAGCGCGAGCGACAUAAACGCGAGCAGCGGCGUGCGAGUGGGACGUGCCAGAAGGGAGUUAAAGCAGGAGAGUCUUAGCGCCGGGAGGAGUCCGAUAAAUCAAAAUUGGAGAAUAGCAUCCGGUAUGGAGAUUCGACCAAAGAUAGCGUUGUCCGUGCAACGACGUAGCAGCAACAGCAGUAGCAGCAGCGGCAACAGUGGUACCAGCGGUGGUAGCGGUAGUAGCCGCGACAGUAGCAACGUUAGCAACGGUAGAAACGAUAGCGGAAGUAGCACCAACGAUAGCGAGGAUGAGAACAGAAACGGGAAUAAUGGAAACGAGAACGUGAACGGAAACGAUUCGUCCGCGUCGUCCAUCACGCGAAGCGUCAGAUCGUCCGAGGAUGAUAUCACGUUGAACGAGAUGAUGGGCAAAUUCGACGAAAGUUACGUUUACGAGAAGGAGACGGACAUUUUGUCCGACAGCGAUCCGACCGAUUGCGAGGAUUACAUCGAAUCUCUGUCGGAUCUGGAUGCCGCCCGAGAUGCCGGCGAUGAGAAUGAUCCGUUCGACAACGACGAUUUCGAUUACAUCGACAAUGGUUCGUUUCUCGAUCUCGGCAACCUCGAUUGUACCGGACGCUUCGCCAAUACCGGUCACUGUACCUAUUUCGCCUUCACCGGCGAGCUCGCGCGACGGAGCAGCAAAUUACGAGAGUCGUUGAUGAAGCGCAGAAACAAAGAGGACACCGCGAUGCUUCAAAGAACGAUCAGCGCGAAGAACACCGUGAAAAAUACCGCGAAGAAGCAGAUCGUGCGGCACAAGAAACAACCGGAUGAGAAGCAGCCGAACGAUAAGCGAAAAAAGAGAUCCUCGCAACGUCGGAAAUUGAAUUUUGACAAGCGUGAUUCGGACUUGGUUCCACUCGGUGUCGUCAGCCAUAACAACGGCGACAACGGCGACGAUGACGACGAAACGGCGAAUCUAAAUCGCGUCCUGGUGGAAAGAAUGUUGCUUAAGAACUCGGGUUUCAAUCAGGGUAGUAGAAGCGUCGGCGGUACUCCGAUCUGUUUGCGUCGCAAGAAACACGACGUGAAUAAAAAUUUGUCGCCAUUACGAUUAAAUGACAAACGAUCGCCGACAGUCCGUGUCGCUACCGGAGCUCCUGAUGUCGUUAAGAGACGAUCGAACUCGGUAAGCUACGUGAAUGGAAAUCUCGUGAGACAACGGAUAACCUCCACCGACAAAACCUACAUGACCACGUUCGCCUCCGAGAUAGCUUUGAUGGAGGCGGACAAGGAAGCGGACAAAAAAUAUCGGGAGCUGAUUCUCGAAGCGGAAAAUAUUCUGGUGAAUAUGCAAAAGAAUCAAAACAACUUGCCUAUCGUACCGUCACCCUCUCGAAAGCUUCACAACGGAUUGGCGAACAAACGCGUCGAACUAAUCAAAAAUACAGAGUUGAACAUCGAGCUUGCUCUUUCCAAAAGCAGAAAUUCUCAACCGGAGUUGCAAAGUGGCAGCAUCAAAGAUCUCGAGCAUACCAGUCCCAAGAGACAGCAAUUCGUUCAGUCUUGUUCCCCGAUGCGUCGAUUCAUCGAACGAAACGCUUCCUCGCCAAUCGGUGCAACGACGGCGGCAACGGCAACGACAACGAUGACAGCGGCGGCGGCGACGAUGACGACGACGACGACGACGACGACAACGACGACGUCGUCGUUCCAAUCGAGUUCGAUCAAAUACCCCGUUGACUCUCCUCUCGUAUCGCGAAGGACGCCGAACCAACCUGAUAGAAGUUCGCCUGAUAGAAGUCUGCUUAGUUGCUCUCGGUCGAGAAUUUACGAGAAUCAGAUUCCCGAUGAUUACGACGGACGGAGAACAACCGCGAUAGCAACACCAGUGACGACGACAACGACCACGGCAAUGGCGACAACGGUAGCAACAGCAUCACUAGGAAUGUUCAACUGCAACGGCGGUAUCCUCGAUUCGAACGUGGAUCGAUACGUUGCGAAGUCCCAAACUUCCUACGUCGCAACGAACAGACCUUGUGCCACUUCACCGUUCGGAGAUUCUCUUUCCGGUAUAAAUCGGAAGGAGUUUCAUGCUUCGAGAUCAUGCAACGUCGUAGGUAAGGAGGAAGGAGUGACGUCGAGUUCGUCGGAUUCGGAGGAAAAAUGUGACAUUAGAAGACGACCGCCGCUAAUGACUUUUAGGUCAGUCGAUAUGGGUCCUAUCAAAGAAGGAUCUUCCUAUUGUCCGCAAAGCGAACCGGUGAAAAGAAAAGUAUAUGCAGGAAGUGCGACCUAUGGUAGGAUACAGAAAACUUUAGGAGAACACGUUACUUUGAGAAAUUCGGACGGAGAUACCGCCACCGAUGAUACCGACGACUCGAGGAGAUCUCUGAAAGAAAAAGUGGCAAGGCUUCGACAAGAACGGCUAGCCGCGAACAUGAGUGUAAAUACUCAAGACUCGCAGAUGUUUCAACACCAACUCUCCCAAUUGCGUAGGCAAAUGCUAAUGCAAACUAUCGAGGGUUUGAAGCGAAGUCUCGAGGAUCAAUCCGCGACUUUGAAGCAGACGUGCUUGGAACCGGUAAUGACCGAUCGAUUGCCCUGAACCGAGCGCGCGGAACCAAAAAGAAUCGACUCCCUUCUCGCGUGGAAUUGGCUGACGAUCGGUAAAAACCUAGUCGUCAUUGAGACACGACGAUGAUUCACGUAUCGAAAAUUAUCUACGAAGCGAUUAACUUCGCAACGAGAAAUUCCGCGUGGUACGCUUAUGCUCUCCUUUUUCGAGCAACAUUCUACCGAAUUAAUAAUGCGUGAUGUUCCCGAAAUAUCUGUCGAGUCUCCGAAGAAGCACCGAUGAUCGACGCAGUCUAGCCGAAUUUCUAUCUACCUAAUCGUUUAGAAGGGAAUCGAUAUAUUUUUCUGCCUGUUUACACACAAACACACACGGUAAGAGAGUCAAAAUUAAGAAUAUUAAAUAUUUUCUGGGCAUUGUUCUCGCAUUGUUUGCUCGACACCAUGUGAAACGAUUACACAGCUACUGUACGUGAUUGGUUCGAGUUAUGAACGAGAAUGAACGAGAAUGAACGAGGCAAGUGAAAAAAGAAAGAGAUACCUUUCCUUUCUUUCGAUUUAAUCUUGCCAUGGUAUAUCUUUACCCUACGCUCCUUGCUUACCAUCUACCACCAAUCGUUUUCCCAUCUCUCCAUACUUUUUCAUUUUUUCCCUUCUUCUUUACACUCAUCGAUGAACUAGUUGCCGUAUUUUCACGUGCCUACUCGUAUAAUUCACGUGAGAAAGAAAAGCGAAAGAAAGGAAGGGAAAGGGAGAA